AUGGAAAACAUAUUUGAAGUUCUUAAAACACAAGUAUCACUGGAGAAGACACUUAAUCAGAGGUUGGAUGAGUUUGAAGCGAGACUAGAGGGGUCAUCAAAGGACUUAAGCCUGAAGGACCUAAGUUCUGACUACAUCAACUUCAAGAAUUUUGUCUAUUCAACAUUUACAUUACUGCGGCAGCAAAUUAACCAUCUAAUUGUUAAUGUGGAUGCCAUUGAAAGUAGACACAGAAAGAAGUUUCUGCUGCUGGGAGGAGUGGUCGAGAAUACCAAUGAGAAUGUCCGCGAAUUGGUAGCUUCAGUCAUCACGAAGAAUCUUGGUAUCAAAAAUUGUUCUAUUAUAUCGAUAAUGUCUCGUUACGGUGAUUGCAAGGUGUAUGUCGGUGAUUUAGGUAAUAACGCAAGUAAACCAGAACUUGAGGACGCCUUUUCAUACUAUGGCCCUUUAAGAAACGUGUGGGUAGCUAGGAAUCCACCUGGCUUUGCUUUUGUGGAAUUUGAAGAUCCUCGUGACGCGGAAGAUGCGAUUAGAGGCUUAGACGGGAGAACAAUAUGUGGUCGACGUGCCCGUGUUGAAAUGUCGAAUGGAAGCAGAGGAUAUGGCCGUGGGCCGCCACCACGUUCACGUUUGCCUCCACGACCGUAUGAUGAUCGUUGUUAUGAUUGUGGAGAUCGUGGGCAUUAUGCAAGAGACUGCACGCGCCGUCGCCGUCGCAGCCGAUCAAGGUCUCGUCGCCGCACUCGUUCCCGCUCGCCAAGGUCUGGAUCCCGUUCACGCAGUCGUUCCCGCUCCCGCUCUCGCUCCAAGGGAAGAUCCAUGUCACGGUCCAGAUCACGAUCUGCGUCCAAAGAUUCUAAGAAGUCUAAUUAA